CUGGAGCCGGGGCGGGGCCGCGGCACUGCGGUGAAAGCCUCGGCAGCGGGCAGGCGAGCAGGGGGGCGGGCGGACAUCUUGGGAUCCGGAGAGUGGCUGGGCCGGCGGAGCGGGGGGCCCGCAGACGCCAGGUCAGUUCUCAGAGCGAUGGGCCGAGGAGACUGAGCUGCCGCCAUGAUUGGAGGCUUAUUCAUCUAUAAUCACAAGGGGGAGGUGCUCAUCUCCCGGGUCUACCGAGAUGACAUCGGGAGGAAUGCAGUGGAUGCCUUUCGAGUCAAUGUUAUCCAUGCGCGGCAGCAGGUUCGCAGCCCUGUUACCAACAUCGCUCGCACCAGCUUCUUCCAUGUUAAGCGUUCCAACAUCUGGCUGGCAGCUGUUACCAAGCAAAAUGUCAACGCUGCCAUGGUCUUCGAAUUCCUCUAUAAGAUGUGUGACGUAAUGGCUGCUUACUUUGGCAAGAUCAGUGAAGAAAACAUCAAGAACAAUUUUGUGCUCAUAUAUGAGCUGCUGGAUGAGAUUCUGGACUUUGGCUACCCACAGAACUCAGAGACAGGUGCAUUGAAAACCUUCAUCACACAGCAGGGCAUCAAGAGUCAGCAUCAGACAAAAGAAGAACAGUCCCAGAUCACCAGCCAGGUGACUGGGCAGAUUGGCUGGCGACGGGAGGGCAUCAAAUAUCGCCGGAAUGAACUCUUCCUGGAUGUUCUGGAGAGUGUGAAUCUGCUCAUGUCCCCACAGGGGCAGGUGCUGAGUGCCCACGUAUCAGGCCGGGUGGUAAUGAAGAGCUACCUGAGUGGCAUGCCCGAGUGCAAGUUUGGGAUGAAUGACAAGAUUGUCAUUGAAAAGCAGGGCAAAGGCACAGCCGAUGAAACAAGCAAGAGCGGGAAGCAAUCAAUUGCCAUUGAUGACUGCACCUUCCACCAGUGUGUGCGACUCAGCAAGUUUGACUCUGAACGCAGCAUCAGCUUCAUUCCACCAGAUGGAGAGUUUGAGCUCAUGAGGUAUCGCACCACCAAGGACAUCAUCCUUCCUUUUCGGGUGAUCCCCCUUGUACGGGAAGUGGGACGCACAAAAUUGGAGGUCAAGGUGGUGAUCAAGUCCAACUUUAAGCCCUCGCUGCUGGCCCAGAAGAUUGAGGUGAGGAUUCCAACCCCCCUGAACACAAGUGGGGUGCAGGUGAUCUGCAUGAAGGGGAAGGCCAAGUACAAGGCCAGUGAGAACGCCAUUGUGUGGAAGAUCAAGCGCAUGGCAGGCAUGAAGGAAUCACAGAUCAGCGCAGAGAUUGAGCUUCUGCCCACCAACGACAAGAAGAAAUGGGCUCGACCCCCUAUUUCCAUGAACUUUGAGGUGCCAUUUGCGCCCUCUGGCCUCAAGGUGCGCUACCUGAAGGUGUUUGAACCGAAGCUGAACUACAGCGACCACGAUGUCAUCAAAUGGGUGCGCUACAUUGGCCGCAGCGGCAUUUAUGAAACCCGCUGCUAGCUGCCCAGUGGCAGUUAGCCCACCUCCCUACCCACCCUCUUCCGCAGGUCCAGGUGCCCCCAGCCACCACACAUCAGUGUCUCCUCCCUUCUGCUUUGCUGCCUUCCCUUUGCACCAGCCCCUGAGUCUAGGUCUGAACCAACUGCAUCACAAGUGGGACUGGUGGAGCAGUCCCUGGGCUCCCUGGGAAGGGUGGUUUCUGGGACUCCUGCUCUUCCCAAUUCAUCUGUCUGUCCUGGCCUAGUGCCAGGCUGAGUUAUGUGACCAAAGCCAGGUGGGCCCCGUUCUUCCCCACCCCUGUGGCCACACCUCUGGAGUGGGAGGGUUGGCUGCCCCUCACCUCAGAGUUCCCCCAAAGGCCAGUAACGGAUCCCCAAUCCUCAGUCCCUAUUCUGCUUUGGGAUAGUGUGAGCUUCAUUUUGUACAAGUGUGACUUCGUCCAGUUAUGAACCCAAUAAACUCUGUAGAGCGGAGUUGUUGGCUAAGUGUUGAUGUGGGAGCUACAGGGGAAAGGGAACUACUAGGACUUCCCACAUUUUCUUAUUCUACCUGUUUUGAGUAGAAUUUUCUAUUCUGAAUACUCUCAAGGUUCUUUCCUUGUUACAAUUGCAAGUCCCCUCCAGGCCUUCCCAGCCUUAUCCUCUUGAGUGUUGGCCCAGGUCUCCUGGCUCCUCUAAGAAGCAAAGUACUCAAAGCUAAGCACCUGGCCCCAGGGUAGUAGAUUCAUUUGGUCUUGCAGCCAUUCUGAAAAACUGACUAUUUACUCCAUCCUUUUUCUAUUUAGCCAAGCUUUAUGAAUCUUGGUCGGGUGACCAGAAGAAAGGUUUUAUUUUCCCCAUACCUCUUAGAAAACUUUUCUGGGUACCUCCACCCCUCCACAGAAAAAAUGUGGUGAGCUGGUCCCUGAGAGGAAUGUCCUAUAUCCUGCCAGUAUGCUGGGGCCGAUUAAAAGCAGAUUUGCCCUCUCUA